ACAGUCACCGUUACCUCCGUUAAUGUUGAAUCAUAAACCGUGCAGAAUGGAGUAACGUAACGUGUCUGAUAACAGGUGAGAUAUUUUAAACAAUGUGGGGGAAUGUAAUCCUUUAAGUCUGUAGAACUACAUUCCUCGGCGGACGGAUACUGCGGGGUGCUGCUCGUCAUUUCCUUAUGUGGAGCGGAGUGUGUCAGUGGGCCGGGCCUCCCUCAUUACUGUACAGAAACUUUAAACUUUAUUCUCUUUUUUAUUAAUAAUCUGAUUUUAUGUAUUGGGAAAAUAUUUCCCGGUUCUCCCGCUGAGCUCCUCCCGCCGCUCCACCUCCUCUCCCGGUGUUUUGACGGACUUUCUCACGGACUGAUGGCUCUACUUGUUGCUAAAGUAACCGCUAACUAAUGCUAACUGAAGCCGUCGUUAGCUAGUAAAGCGCAGCUAGCCGUGCAGCUAGCGGGGCAGCUAGUUGACUGUACCCGGAGAGGAGGCACUUAUCAGCAGAGGAGUGUGAGAGCUCUGACCCGCCGGGUGGAGGAGGGUUGCAGCCCAGCUCGGGGGAGGGACCAGCGGGGGAUGCUAUUGGGGAGCGGCGCUGGAAUGAGUAGCAGAACCGGCUCCGGGCUGACGUCCGGACCUCACACAGCCUCCGGGACCGAGGAGGACCGGUUCGAGGAACGGGAAUUCAGCACCGAGGUGGUCUACAGCGGCUCCGAACCAGACUCUGAAUCAGGGGACGAUGAGGACACGGUGGGCUCCGGUGGGGACAGGAGGGGGGUGAAGCGGGAGAGGAGGGAGAGGGAGGUCGGGCGGCAGUCAGCCGGCUCCUCCGGGGGCCACAGCGGGGCUUACUGCGGGCUCAGCCCCGGGGUACCAGGGGCCAAACCCGGGAAGAAAACCAGAGGGAGAGUGAAAAUCAAGAUGGAGUUCAUUGACAACAAACUGAGGAGAUACACCACUUUCAGCAAGAGGAAGACAGGUAUCAUGAAGAAGGUGAGCUCACCUGGACAGGCGUACGAGCUGUCCACGCUGACGGGCACUCAGGUGUUGCUGCUGGUUGCCAGUGAGACGGGUCACGUGUACACGUUUGCUACGAGGAAGCUGCAGCCGAUGAUCACGUCAGAGACCGGCAAAGCUCUGAUCCAGACCUGCCUAAACUCCCCCGACUCCCCGCCACGCUCAGACCCCUCCUCCGACCAGAGGAUGAGCGCCACGGGCUUCGAGGAGACCGACCUCACCUACCAGGUUUCUGAGGCUGACGGCUGCCCUGAGGUUGCCAAGGAUCUGAACAAACCAGCAUUCACUUUGUCCACGGGCAACACGCAGGCCCUGCCCCCCCCCUCCUCCUCCUCCUCCUCGGUGUCCCUGCAGUUGCAGACCAGCGCCCCCUCCUGGCAGCCGCCCUCCUCCACCAACGGCACCGUGCUGAAGACUUCGGCUGGCAUCAUGCUUCCUGGAAGCCUCACCUUGAUGUCAGGUGCCACUCUGCCCCCCGGCACACACACCAUCCCCCUCAGCCAGCUGCAGGGCUCAAUGGCCCCACUGCACUCCUCACCCACACAGCAGACCACGCUGCUCCGCCUCCCCACCACCGUGUCACUGUCAGGUGGAGUCUCUCAGCAGCUACAGACCAUCCAGGUGCAGAGCAGCUCAGACACCCACAGCCCCGCCUCCUCCGCAGGUACAACAAACAGAGUCCCGGCCUCCAUCAUCACCACCUCCGCCUCCUCAGUCGCAGGUCACAUGAUGUACCCCGGCGGUCACACGGUCAUGUAUGCCACGCCCACAUCCUCUCUGGGCGACGGAAGCCUCACCUUGCUCAACACCUUCCCCUCCACAGGACACGCCCAGCAACAUGACCCCGGUUCUCUCCCGCAGGUGUUUCUCACCUCUCUGCCGCCUGUCGCCACCCAGAUCCCGAUGUCUGCAGUGCAGCUGCACCCGAUGGUGAUCAGUCAGCAGAGCAGCAGCAGUAACUUGACGGAGCUGCAGGUCGUCAGUCUGGACGUCCACCAAUCAAAAGAGGACUGACGAACACACCCACACACAGCUGGACGUCACCCAUCAUCAGGCGUUUUAUGAUUUAAUCCACUUCCUGUUUAUUAAAAAAAUAAUGUGAUAUUUUUAUGACCAAAGUUUAUAAAACUGUCCACAUGAGGUUGGUAAAAAAAAAGACUUUUAUUUUGUUAAUGUAGCUUUAUUUUAAUGAGCAGAGAUCAAACAGACGAUGAUGUCAUCACACUGAUGUUCAGGUGACACACUCACCUGUGCGUGUGUGUGUGUUUAGUAUGUGUCCGAUGAAUGUAUCAGUUUUUAUUCUGUAUCUUUUUUUUUAUGUGUCAGUUUCUGAUUUAAACAAAAAGUGCCAAGAACUGUCGAGCCGUUCUGUCAUGGAAACGCCUCUUAAAGGAACAGUACACCUUUUCUUCACACCUGUCAUCCAUCACACCUGAGCACACAGAAUGUAAAGCAGUACAGGUGGGCCCUUUCCAAACGCCACAAUUCAGUAUGCAGUGCGUAUCUUCAGUAGUCUGAACCCUUGUGGUCGUUCUGUGGUCAUUUUUUGGGUCCACCUCAGCAGACUGAACAUUUCAGCAUGGAUACUAACUUUGGGGUUUUGUGCAGUAUUGUUUGGAUGCAUCCAUUCAGGAAAUUAGUUGUAUUUUAACUCCCACAAUGCAGUGCGAAAUGAAAUGUUGAAGGGUUGGAUUAAAACAAACAAGGAUGGAUGC